CUGUUAAAUUUAAAAAGUGUACAUUGCUAGAUAUUAUGUCGGGCACUGGGACUAUCAUAUCACAGACUGUCGCUCAUCUGCCAGAGAAAGAGCAUGGACCUAUGCCAACUAUAGAUUACUCUAGUAUCAGAGGAAAGAAUGUCUUAGUCAGUCCAUCCGAGGAUCAGUACGAACUGUUACUAAGAAGGCUGAAAGAAAGGAUUCAGGAUGGAGGUAGUGAAACGAUUUUCGACAUUGGUAUUGCUGAAGAUGGAUCCGAGGAUGGAUUGAAGGAAGACGAGUAUGAAGCAUCGGUUGCCACUUUACAGUCUCUUGCUGCAACAUUAGAAGCAGACUGUGUGCUUCUACGUCAGAGUAAAGCAGAUCAUGGUUUAACAGGGCAAUAUUUAGUAAGGAGACGCCUAGAUCGACAAGAUUUCUUAGAGAUCAGAGUUGCCGUAGUGGGUAAUGUGGAUGCUGGUAAAUCGACUUUAUUAGGAGUCUUGACACAUGGCGAACUUGACAAUGGACGAGGAUUGGCACGUCAGAAAUUAUUCCGCCACAAACAUGAGGCUGAAACGGGACGAACUAGCUCUGUAGGAAACGACAUACUUGGAUUCGACAGCGUCGGUAAUGUAGUUAAUAAGCCUGAACAUGGUUCGUUGGACUGGGUGAAGAUAUGUGAAAAAUCCUCUAAAGUAAUUACAUUCAUUGAUCUCGCUGGUCAUGAGAGAUAUUUGAAGACAACUGUUUUUGGAAUGACGGGACAUGCUCCAGAUUUUGGUAUGCUAAUGAUCGGAGCGAACGCCGGCAUUGUAGGAAUGACUAAGGAACAUUUGGGACUUGCUUUAGCAUUGUCCGUACCGGUAUUCGUUGUCGUGACAAAGAUCGAUAUGUGUCCACCAAAUGUUUUACAGGAAAAUUUAAAGCUAUUGAUAAGGAUCCUGAAAUCCCCUGGUUGCAGAAAAGUCCCAGUUACAGUGAAAACUUCCGACGACGUGGUAGUUAGCGCUACUAAUUUUGUUUCAGAACGAUUGUGUCCAAUAUUUCAAGUAUCCAACGUGUCUGGUGAAAAUCUAAAUCUUCUUAAAAUGUUUCUCAACCUAUUGACUGCGAGAAUUACUAGUCAUGAUGAUGAACCUGCUGAAUUUCAAAUUGAUGAUACAUAUUCUGUGCCGGGAGUUGGUACAGUAGUAUCCGGUACAACUUUGAAAGGAAUCAUAAAGUUAAAUGAUACCUUAUUGUUAGGACCUGAUCCAUUAGGUCGUUUUACUCCUAUAACCGUCAAGAGUAUUCAUCGAAAGAGAAUGCCUGUUCGUGAAGUGAGAGGAGGACAGACUGCUAGUUUUGCCUUGAAAAAGAUAAAACGAUCGCACAUUCGCAAGGGUAUGGUAAUGGUCGCGCCUGCACUAAACCCACAGGCCUGUUGGGAAUUUGAAGGUGAAAUUUUAGUGCUACAUCAUCCUACAACAAUCAGUUCCCGUUAUCAAGCGAUGGUACAUUGUGGAAGUAUAAGACAAACUGCUUCCAUAUUGUCAAUGUCUCAGGAUUGUUUGAGAACGGGCGAUAAGGCCUUAGUACAUUUUAGAUUUAUCAAACAUCCCGAGUAUAUAAAACCUGGACAGAGAAUGGUAUUUAGAGAGGGUCGUACUAAAGCGGUAGGAAAUGUAGUGAAACUUAUACCGCAUUCGAAUAGUAUAACUACACAAACAUCCAGAAUUAAUAAACCGAAUAAAACAUCGCAAAAUCGUCAAAAUGCAAAUGUACAGGCAGUGGAAAUAACCGAAGCUGAUUCAAUGAUUGAAACACAAACAGCUAAGCAGGAAAAUGUACCGCAAAAAUCUGGAUCGAAUCAGAAUAAGAAAGGCAGAGGUCGAAGAGGAGGACGAUCUCAUAAUGCUAUUAAUAAUAUUCAACCUUUAACAGAGCAAAAUCCUCCUGCAAAAGUAUACCGGAAAAGGGCUCUUAGAGGCAUCCUCGAAACAAAAUCACUUUUUUAAAUCUUCAUGCAACGGUAUGUAUGCAUUUAUGCUUUCGGUAUUUCAAAUGUACAGGUAUUGCGAUACUUCAAUAAAAGUUCACGCUUUAAUCUCA